UGAACAAUCCCUUUCUUUUCUCCUAAUCCCCUCCUUUUCAAUUUCUGGAGUUGGUUGAUUGUUGGCUUAAUCAGAAGCAAUCCCCAACCUCUCUAUCUCUCUGCCUUUCUUCUUUCUCUUAUUCCAUUUAUCUAUUGGUGGUUGAUUUCUUGUAAGGUGCUGCAGUUGGUGGAUUGAUUUCUCUUUCAUGUUAAGAGGGAGAAGUCCUCACUCCUGAGGUUUACCGCUCUCGGGGGAAAUGAUUUUGAUUCGGAGAAGGUUUGGGGCUUACUGCGGCGUCUUAGCGGCUCUAUGGUUUUUCUUUGCAUGGGUGCGGGAGGCUGCAUCGCUGCGGCCGCUCAGGGAUAGGGGACCUUCUGCUUCGACGUCAUGGGGGGAGGAGCAGAUAUUUUUUAGGAGUGGUGGCAACGACCCUACUCCUUACUCAAGAUGGAAUAUUACCGGAACAUACAAAGGAAAGUGGAGUUUUGCGGGUACAGCUAAACGUUCAUCUAGGUUUUUGGAUUUUGGAAAAUCUAAUGGCAUGUCUGUUUUGGAGUUAGCUAGUACUCCAACAAAAAUAAAUGGCGUACACUAUGUUCAGGGAGCAGUUAUUUUUCAUGAUGUUCAUAACAAUGAGAAUGAUCUUGGAGCUGCUCAAAUGCGAGUAGAAGGUGUAUAUAUCUGGCCUUUCAGGCAACUUCGAUUGGUGGCAAGCAGUGGAUCAGAUGCAGUGCUGCUACAAGAAGCGCACUUUAUGUCGAAUCCUUAUCAUUUGCUAGGAGCAUUUUCCUCUCAAAUUUUUCAAGAAUCUCCCAGGGAUACAGUGAGAAAGAAAAUAUCAAUUACGGAUGAAAUCGAGAAACAUUGCAACAUUGAAAUAUCUGCCCAUGUUUCACGGAUCUCGUCGAGACAAGCUGAUGGUGAACAUGACUGCUACCACUUGGAGGGAUUAAUGGAGAGUCCUGUUGUUGAGGAUGAUGGAGAGUGCUUUUCACCUAUACUAAUAAAUGCCACUUCACUCAAUGUUGAGGUCUAUUAUAACAAAGCCGUUAACUAUACAUUAAUGGUCACUUUUAUUUCAUUCCUCCAAGUUCUGCUGCUGAUUCGACAGAUGGAACAUAGCAAUACUCAAUCUGGUGCGGCCAAAGUUUCUAUUGUGAUGAUUGGUCAGCAGGCCAUUAUGGAUGCAUAUCUUUGUCUUUUGCAUUUGACAGCUGGAAUAUUAGUAGAGUCUCUAUUCAAUGCUUUUGCGACAGCAGCCUUCUUCAAGUUUGUAGUUUUUUCUAUUUUUGAAAUGCGGUACCUUCUUGCUAUUUGGAAGGCUAGUAGACCUUUAAGCAAUGGUGAAGGUUGGGAGGCAAUGAGACGUGAACUAUCAGUCCUUUACAGCCGUUUCUAUGGCAUCCUUCUAGGUGGAAUUCUUAUAAUGUACGAGUUCCACAGUUUGUUGCGCCCAAUCCUUUUCAUUAUGUAUUCAUUUUGGAUACCUCAAAUCAUCAACAAUGUUAUUCGGGAUACGAGAAAACCUAUGCACCCUCAUUAUAUAUUAGGCAUGAGUGUGACUCGUCUCGCAAUUCCAUUAUACAUGUUCGGCUGCCCAAACAACUUUAUGCGUAUAGAAGUUGACCGGAGUUGGUGCAUAUCACUGUGCAUAUUCAUGGGAUUUCAAGCAUUGAUUCUUAUCCUACAACAUUUUCUCGGAUCUAGAUGGUUUAUUCCUCACCAGAUAUUACCCGAAAAGUAUAGCUAUAAUAGAAGACUAGAGAACAAUACCCAUCAAGCCACUGACUGUGUCAUCUGCAUGACAGCAAUUGAUCUGACUCAGCGAUCGAGUGACUACAUGGUGACACCAUGUGAUCACUUCUUCCAUUCCGGCUGCUUGCAGCGGUGGAUGGACAUAAAGAUGGAAUGCCCUACUUGCCGGCGUUCGCUCCCCCCAGCAUAGUAAACACCCCACUUCCAAUAUAUGCAGUCUCAAUAGCAUACAAAAAUUUCACUCUGCAGUCUGAGGAACUAGCCGUUGCUCUCACAAUUGAAGGCUUUCAAAUGGAUCGGGGCAGCAAAAAAGGUAUUCUCAUUUUUAAAGAGCUCUAUCAUUGCUGCAACUGUACAGUUGCAUUUUACAAAUUAGUCUAUUUAAACAGCUAUUAUGACGUCAUCCUAUGUACAUGUAAAUUGAUAAUUUCUUCACAAGGAAUCUGCAAUAUUCGGGAUGUUGUAGCAGUUGAAAGAGUAGUGGCUUAGAAUCAUCCAUAACAUGUAUGUUGGGAUUUGGGAGGAUAAGUUGGGGGUUCAAAAUGAUUAAAUAAAUGAAAGAAAAUGUUGCGAGCAAUUAGAGUUCAAGUUGAAAGGUUUGU